UUAGAGAGUAGUCGGCGCGGCGGUUUAUACUGACACUGUCGUAUUUAUCCGCAUGUAUGAUUUUUUACUAAUAGAAUUUUAAGUUUUUAUUUGAUUCCAUAUCCUAUAAUGUAUUUUAAAUAAGUUCCGAUAUGCCGAAAUGUCCAACGCUGAUUCGGUCCUGGAACGGAGUUGGCGGGUGAUAGUGAUGAGCAGUGAUUUGUGUUGAUGUAGUUUAUCAGGAAGGACUACUGUGUUUCUGAUAACGAUUUGAAGAUGGACCAAGACUGGAAGAAGAACUUGGGGUUUCCUGUCAACUACAACAGUCAAAGUUCUGACGAUGACUUCGACAGUAACGAUGUGGUGAUACGGCAUCCGCGUCAGUCAUCUCGGUUCCUGCUGGCCGACGGCGGCGAUGGCUCCGAGGCGGACCUCCUCGGUACCACGCCGCCACGAUCCAGGAUCAGGGACAAGGAGAAACGCAGAAACAUCUUGGAGACCCAAGUGAAUACACAGAAGACGCCAAGAGUAAGGAAACCAGUAGAUGACAAAUACGAACAGUCACCGUCUUUAGAACGUUUGAAGAGACGCAGCAAUCUGAAACUGGUGAGGUCAAGGGCCCGAGAUUGGAAACAAGAUCAAUCAGAUUCGUUACCGUCACCAAACCCAAACACCGUCGUACCUACGCUGGUCGAGUCAUGUAACCGGUUCAUGUCUCUCACCUCCCGUUUAAAAUGUACCGAAGGCCAAAAGGAAGAGGAUUUGGUGGAGGAGCGAGUGCGUGAUGGAGAAGAGGAAUUACCAGCCAAUAGAGUCAACUUCCACAAAACUUUCUGCAUGCUCAUCAAUAUGGGCAACAUAGAGAAAGGCUGCAGGAGGACUAUAAGCCGCGAGGAGCAAGUGUGGCAGAACGAGCUGAAGGAUCUGAUCUGGCUAGAGCUACAAGCGACGAUCGCGGGCCGAUCUCUGGCCGAGCAAGACGAGUUCCUGUGCUCACAGCGGAACAUUGUGCCCACUAUCGUGCAGAACAUCAUCGACUACAGAUUCGUAAGUUCCGAAACGUGCAAAUACCGUUCGAAGACGCUAAGCUUCGAAGGUACCAAAGAAGAUCUGACCACUGGCCCUGCUCAUGAUAACACCGAUACACAAACUAAUGCUACGACAGAGGUUAAAGAAGUUGCAGAGGAGACGAUAGUGGGCUGCCUGUCGUUCGAGUGUGCGCCGUGCACGCAGGCGAUCGGGCGUGCGAUGCGCGAGGUGGGCACGCUGCUGGACUCGUUCUACAACGCGCUCGCGCUCUACCCGUCCAGCCACGCCAUGACCGCGCACCACCCGCUCGUCGCCACGCAGCUCUUCAAGAACCGCCUCAAGGCGAUGUGCCUGUGGUACAACGUGGCACUGCACAUGCACCUGAAGGUGGCGUCCGUCCGGCGCAUGCUGCGCAGUAUGACCACGCGGCAGUCGUGCUGCUCCGACAGCAGGCGAUCAUCAGACAGUCAUAAGGCCAGUCAAGUCCGCUUCAACUUGAGCAACAACCCCACAGAUUCUAGCAAUAGUGACUCCAGCGCACAAUCAGAGGUUAUUAAAGAAGAAACCGAGGAAAAAGGGAAAGAAAUAAACGAAGAAGUACCUGAAUGCCAAAGAAAUGAGAACCAAGAGACUGAGAAUCGCAGUAAUGAACAGCCACAAGAGGGAAUUCAGGAGAAAGAGGAAAGCCAAAGUGAGAGUGUAGAGAAGACUGCUACGUUGAGCGAAGACGAAGUUGAUAGAGGAAUCGAUUGGUAUUCUGAGACGAAUGGUCAGAUCACGCCGGAGAUCGUGAUAUCUGGACAGCGCGGGCAGUCGUCGGCUGCGUCUUCCGAGAGCGGAUACGCGUCCGCGACUGCAGCCGAGCACGGCUCGCUGGCCGAGCUGGCGCGGCUGCGGCUACUCGGCCGUUGCGAGGUGUCCCCCUACAGGGCCUACCACCACGAGAUGCUGAAGACUCAGAGCAUACGACGCUGCAUGUCCUUCAUGGACAAACUGCGCAAGCACGUACUCGCCAAAGUCUACCUCACGCUGGAGAAGCCUGAUCACGCCGCCUUAGAAACGCAUACCGACGGUGAAGACGCAUCCACCGGCGCGUUCGACGACGGCAAACAUGUGGAUGAAAACGACGCGGGCAACGACAAAGAAGCUAUGGUCAACGAACUACGAAGAUAUGGCUGUUGGUCUGAGGAGUGUCUUGCGAUGCGACUCCCGUCUUAUCGUAAUUACUUCCUGCUGCUUAGCAGCAUUUGCCUGGAGGCCGUUCAUGACUAUCUCUCCAUGAGGCUCGAAGAUCGACCCGAGAAGCCGUCCUGUCUCACCAUUAAACAGCUAAUCCACGAGCUGAAGGAGGGUCUGGACAUCGCGACGGAAGCGCGCGCCGACUUCGUGCGUAACGUGCGCGUGUCGCUAGAGGGCGGCGCGGGCGGCGUGACCGGCGCGGUCGGCGCGGCCGGCGCGGCGGCACGUGCCGACCUUCUGCUGCUGGUGCGCACGUACGAUGCCACCGUCGAGGAGGUCAUGCAGCAAUACUUGUCGUACCUGACGACGAUGUCGGAGACCGAGCAGCUGUCCCGCGCGCACCUGCAGGCCGAGUGGGAGUUCAUGGCGCGCCUGGGCCGCCGCGUACACUGUGCCGCCCGCCUCGCACCUGUCGCUCACACAAAUAUCACGUGCAACCAAUUGGAGCGUGUUUUGCAACAGUUGCGUACAAAAUUCUCCAAUAUGAAGGAAACUAUGAAUACCAUCGAUUACAAGUUCGAAUCUAAGAUCACGGGCGCGGGCGCGGGCGCGGGCGCGGCGGUGCGCGAGGCGGUGUACGCGCUGUGCCGCGCGACGCAGGCCGUGUACGCGGCCGAGCGCGACGCGCUGCUGCACGCCGUGCACGCCGCGCGCGCGCUCCACGCACGCCUGGCACGUGCCGCCACCGCCACCGCCGCCGGCUACCGCCGCGAGCGCCACCGCAUCUUCGAGAAACUGAUGUCUGUCCGGGAGUUCAUAGUGCGUCACACAGACAUGGUGCUGGAGAAGAGUCGGACGGUGGACGAGGAGCUGGCGGGGGAGGUGCACGAGGGACUGGUGGCCCGCGUCCGGGAGAUGCUGCUGCAGAUGUUCAAACUCGGUUUCGAGCUCCACCGCGAGCUGCACAGGUUCGUGCAGGGGCCGGUGGGUCGCGGGGCGGCGGCGCGGCGGCGGCCGGCCUCGCUGCAGGUGCCCCGCCACCCCGGGCCCCCGCCGCGCCGCCCGCGCCCCGGCACUGUGCUGCUGCCUGGCCCCGGUCUGCUCGACGCCCGCAAUCCGGCCCUGGCCGCGCUCGACGACGAGAUCCACCGCGAGCUGUACAGGCUGGCGAGCGAUGCAGCCGCUCGGCCGGCGGCGGGUUGCUCGCGGCGCUCGCUGCUCGGCUCGCCGCCGCGCCGCCGGCUCGCGCGCGCCGACAGCCUCAACGACGACCUUGAACUGGCCGUGUUCGACGACCGCCUCUUCGACAGCCUCCACCCGGACACUCAUAACAGCAUAGAGCGUCUGCUGUCCGGCGAGCAGCCGCCAGAGGGCGCGGCGUGCGACGGGCUGCCGGCUGCGGGGCACGAGGCGGCGGCGGACGAGGCGGACGAGGCGGACGAGGCGGACGAGGCGGGCGACGAGCCGCAGCGGCGCUGGGCGGCGGCGGUGGCGCGCGCCGUCAUCCAGUUCGCCAAGUGCUGGAUGCACUUCGUGGUGCAGCGCUGCGACCGCGGCCGCGGCCUCCGCCCCAGAUGGGCCAGUCAGGGCUUGGACUUCCUAACGCUGGCUUGUGAUCCUUGUAUAACGAAGCAUCUUAGCGAAGAGGAAUUUAAGGAGCUGGAGAUGCUGAUGGACGGCUGCAUCUCGCACGUGGUGGGCAGCCGCGCCGCCGCCCGCCACGCCGCCCGCCCGCCCACCUCCGCCCGCGCCCCUCGCACUCCCCGCACACCCCGCGCCCGCGCCGUCCGCCCGCAGAGUCCUGCGUCGUUAUGCCGCGGCGUGCCGCCGCCGCCAGCGCCGCCCGUAGAACCAGAUCCACUGCUCAACUUCCGCGGAUUCGAACUUGCUGUGUCGGAGCACAGCCGGCGCGUGUGUUCAGCGCUGGAGGAGGUGGAGCGCGGCCGCCAGGAGGCGCUGGCGGCGCGGCGCGCGGUGGGCCGCGUGCUGGCUGCGCGCGCGCCGCAGCUGGAGCGGGCGCUGCGCCAGGUCACCUUCAAGUGGCAGCGCGGCCUCAAGAUCGGCGCCGGCACCUUCGGCAAGGUGUACACGGUGGUGAACACGGAGAGCGGGCAGCUGCUGGCCAUGAAGGAGCUGAGCGUGGCGGCGGGCGACCGCCGCGCCCUGCAGCGCGCCGCCAACGAGCUGCGCGUGCUGCAGGGCGUCGUGCACCCGCACCUCGUGCGCUACUACGGCUGCGAGCUGCACCGGGAGGAGAUGCUGCUGUUCAUGGAGCUGUGCGUGGAGGGCUCGCUGGAGACGCUGGUGGCGGCGUCGGGCGCGCUGCCCGAGCCCACGGUGCGGCGCUACACGCAGCAGCUGCUCGCCGCCGUCAUACAGCUGCACGGCCGCAGCAUCGCGCACAGGGACAUCAAGAGCGGCAACAUCUUCCUGACCAACGAGGGCCACUGCCUGAAGCUGGGCGACUUCGGCUGCGCGGUCAAGAUACGGGCGCACACCACCGCGCCCGGCGAGCUGCAGGGCUACAUCGGCACGCAGGCGUACAUGGCGCCGGAGGUGUUCAUGAAGUCGACGGGGCACGGCCGCGCCGCCGACAUCUGGUCCGUCGGCUGUGUCGUCACUGAGAUGGCCUCCGGGAAGCGUCCGUUCUCGGAGUGCGACAGCAACUACCAGAUAAUGUUCAUGGUGGGAAUGGGCGGGCGGCCGCAGGUGCCCGACUCGCUGUCGGCCGAGGGCCAGCAGUUCUGCCUCGCGUGCCUCACGCACGACCCCGACCUCAGGCCCAGGGCGGAGGCGCUCAUCCUCCACCACUUCGUCAUGAGUAAUCCCGACAACGACUGCAAAUGUGAGCCGGCUUAUCUCAUAUAAGUACUCAUACGGACACUAUGUUUAAUAUAUUAUUAUAUAUAAUAGUAAAUAUACAAAAUUGCUACUUAUUUUA